CGCCCCGCCCCGGCCGGGCCGCCCGGCGGGCGGAAGAUGCUGCGCACCGGGGGCCGGUAGUACUAUGAUUUGGUAUGUGGCCGCUUUGGUAGCAAGUGUGCUCGGCGCCCGCGGGCUACCCGUCCAAGGUGCCCUCGGCUCGAGGGAGGAGCCCGAGUUCGUGACCGCUCGCGCUGGCGAGAGCGUGAUCCUGGGAUGCGACGUGAUCCACCCGCUGACGGGCCAGCCCCCUCCCUAUGUCGUGGAGUGGUUCAAGUUCGGCGUCCCCAUCCCCAUCUUCAUCAAGUUUGGGUUUUACCCUCCCCAUGUGGACCCAGAGUAUGCCGGCCGGGCCAGCCUGCACGACAAAGCCUCCCUGCGCAUUGAGCAGGUGCGCUCCGAGGACCAGGGCUGGUACGAGUGCAAAGUGCUCAUGCUGGACCAGCAGUACGACACCUUCCACAACGGCAGCUGGGUGCACCUCACGGUCAAUGCUCCCCCCACGUUCACGGAGACCCCGCCGCAGUACGUAGAGGCGAAGGAGGGCAGCAGCGUCACCCUGACCUGCAUGGCGUUCGGGAACCCCAAGCCCAUCGUCACCUGGCUCCGGGAGGGAGACCUUUUGGGUGCCAAUGGCAAGUACCAGGUGAGCGACGGGAGCCUCACGGUGCUCUCGGUCAGCCGGGAGGACAGAGGUGCCUACACCUGCCGGGCCUACAGCAUCCAGGGCGAGGCUGUGCACACCACGCGCCUGCUCGUCCAAGGACCUCCCUUUAUCGUUUCCCCUCCGGAGAACAUCACAGUCAACAUCUCCCAGGAUGCUCUGUUCACCUGCCAGGCCGAGGCGUACCCCGGGAACCUCACCUACCUGUGGUACUGGGAGGAGGAGAACGUCUACUUCAAGAAUGACUUGAAGCUGAGGGUGCGGAUCCUGAUCGACGGGACGCUGAUUAUUUUCCGUGUCAAACCAGAGGAUGCUGGAAAAUACACCUGUAUCCCCAGCAACAGCCUGGGCCGCUCGCCAUCAGCCUCUGCCUACCUGACAGUGCAGUAUCCUGCCCGUGUGGUGAACAUGCCCCCCAUCAUCUACGUUCCCAUCGGGAUCCACGGGUACAUCCGCUGCCCCGUGGAGGCAGAGCCGCCGGUCACGCUGGUCAAGUGGAACAAGGACGGGCGUCCCCUGCGAAUCGAGAAGUAUUCUGGCUGGAACCUGCUGGAAGACGGGUCGAUCCGGAUCGAGGAGGCCACUGAAGAUGCUCUCGGCACUUACACCUGUGUGCCUUAUAACGCCCUGGGUACGAUGGGCCAGUCUCCCCCUGCCCGACUGGUACUGAAGGACCCCCCCUAUUUCACGGUGCUACCAGGCUGGGAGUACAGACAGGAGGCAGGGAGGGAGCUGUUGAUUCCUUGCGCUGCUGCCGGAGACCCCUUUCCCAUCAUCGCCUGGAGAAAGGUCCUCUCGGAAACGGGGGAACCGUCUGCCUUGCCACGACCGGAGAGCCCGGAUCCCCUGCCGGUGGCCGGCGGUGUCCCCUGGGCCGCGCAGGUAGGGAAGCCCAGCAGGAGCAAGCACAACACGCUGCCCGGCGGGACCCUGCAGAUCCGCUCCCUCGGCAAGGACGACCACGGCGAGUGGGAGUGCGUCGCCACCAACAUCGUCGCGAGCAUUACUGCCAGCACCCACCUGACCGUCGUAGGGACGAGCCCUCACGCCCCGACCAGCGUGCACGUGGUGGCCGCCAUGACCUCAGCCAACGUGUCCUGGGAGCCCGGCUAUGACGGUGGAUACGAGCAGACUUUCUCAGUUUGGUACGGCCCUCUGAUGAAGAGAGCCCAGUUUGGACCCCAUGACUGGCUGUCUCUCCCCGUGCCAGCUGGUUCCAGCUGGCUGCUGGUGGAUACCUUGGAACCAGAGACUGCCUACCAGUUCAGUGUCUUGGCUCAAAACAAGCUGGGCACCAGCUCCUUCAGUGAGGUGGUCACUGUGAACACUCUAGCAUUCCCUGUAACAACUCCAGAGCCUCUGGUGUUGGUUACCCCACCGAGGUGCCUAACAGCCAACCGGACACAGCAAGGCGUCCUCCUGUCGUGGCUCCCUCCCGCCAACCACAGCUUCCCCAUCGACCGCUACAUCAUGGAGUUCCGCGUGGCCGAGAAGUGGGAGAUCCUGGAUGACGGCAUCCCGGGCUCCGAGAGCGAGUUCUUUGCCAAGGACUUGUCCCAGGACACCUGGUACGAGUUCCGCGUGCUGGCGGUCAUGCAGGAUCUCAUCAGCGAACCCAGCAACGUCGCUGGCGUGUCCAGCACAGAUGUUUUUCCUCAGCCUGACCUGACGGACGAGGGCCUAGCCCGCCCGGUGCUGGCUGGCAUCGUUGCCACCAUCUGCUUCCUGGCUGCUGCCAUCCUCUUCAGCACACUCGCCGCCUGCUUCGUCAACAAGCAACGCAAACGCAAGCUCAAGCGCAAGAAAGACCCUCCUCUCUCGAUAACCCACUGCAGGAAGAGUUUGGAGUCCCCGUUGUCUUCCGGCAAGGUGAGUCCCGAGAGCAUCCGCACGCUCCGUCCCCCCUCGGAGUCCUCUGACGACCAGGGCCCUCAGGCCAAGCGGAUGCUGAGCCCCACCAAGGAGAAGGAGCUCUCCCUUUACAAGAAGACCAAACGAGCCAUCAGCAGCAAGAAGUACAGCGUCUCCAAGGCGGAGGCCGAAGCUGAGGCCACCACUCCUAUCGAGCUCAUCAGCCGCGGGCCGGAUGGACGCUUCGUCAUGGACCCGGCCGAGAUGGAGCCCUCCCUGAAGACACGGCGGAUCGAGGGCUUCCCCUUCGUGGAGGAGACGGACAUGUACCCCGAGUUCAGGCAGUCGGACGAGGAGAACGACGACCCCGUCGUCCCCACCUCCGUGACCGCCCUGAAAGCCCAGCUCACCCCUCUCUCCUCCAGCCAGGAGUCCUACCUUCAGCCACCAGCAUACAGCCCCCGGUUCCACCGGGCGCUGGAGGGUCCCGGCGCCCUGCAGGCCACCGGCCAGGCCCGCCCGCCAGCCCCCCGGGCUUUCCACCACCAGUUUUACGGUUACCUCAGCAGCAGCAGCCCCGGGGAGGUGGACCCGCCGCCCUUCUACAUGCCAGAAGUCAGCCCGCUGAGCUCAGUCAUGUCCUCCCCACCGCUGCCCCCCGAGGGGCCCUUCGGACACCCCACCAUCCCCGAGGAGAACGGGGAGAAUGCCUCCAACAGCACGCUGCCCCUGGCCCAGACCCCCACGGGGGGCCGGUCCCCCGAGCCCUGGGGCAGGGCCGAGUUCCCCUUCGGCAGCCUGGAGCUGGCCCCCGCGCCGUUCCCCCACCAGCUCCAGCCCUGCGAGGCGGCCGAGGGCUCCCAGCCCACGGGCUGCCUUCCUCGGGGGCCACCACCCUCCUCCCUCCAGGUGGUCCCCGCAUCCUACUCGGGCAUCCUGCCCCUGGAGGCACCAAAGAGCUGGACCGGCAAGUCACCGGGCAGGGGUCAAUCCUCCGUGCCCUCUACCACCAAGUGGCAGGACAAACCUAUGCAACCCAUGGGAUGUCAAGGGCAGCUAAGACAUACCAGCCAAGGUAUGGGCAUACCCGUGUUGCCUUACCACGAACCGUCCGAGCCCGUCGGCCCCAGCGGCACAAGCACAUUCAGCCUGGACACCAGGUGGUACGAGCCCCAACCCCGACCUCGGCCCAGCCCUCGGCAGGUCAGGAGGGCUGAGCCCAGUUUACAUCAGGUGGUGCUACAACCCUCAAGGCUUUCUCCUCUGACCCAAAGUCCCCUGAGCUCCCGCAACAGCUCCCCGGAGCUGACUGCCCGCGCCCGGCCCCGCCCGGGGCUCAUCCAGCAGGCGGAGGUGUCGGAGAUCACGCUGCAGCCGCCCGCGGCCGUCAGCUUCUCCCGCAAAUCCACGCCGUCCUCCACGGGAUCUCCGGCGCCGAGCAGCCGCGGGGACAGCCCCAGCUUCCGACCGACCACCGCCUUCACCCCCGUGGGCACCGGCUUCUCCAACUCCCAGGGCUCCUCCCUGCCCGUGGACACCAUGGAUGUUUUCGGAGACAUCCCUUCUCCAAGGAGGGCUGGCGAGGAGAUUCUCCAACCGGAGCCGACAUCCACCACCACGGUAGCCGCCACAGGAAAACGUCCAUCUCCGCCCGGGGACGCUGCUGCACCUGAGAGGCUCGAAGCUCUGAAAUACCAGCGGAUAAAGAAGCCCAAAAAGUCAUCCAAGGGCUCCUCGAAAUCCAGAAAACAACCCAAUGGCUCUGCCUCCCAGGUUCAGCACCCUCCCAGCUCUCAGGUACUGUCACCUGACGAAGCUGUCUGCCUCCGCAAGAAGAAGAGACACCCUCGUCAGGACCCCUUCGCCCGGCUCUCAGCGCUCAAGGACGACCUCUGCCACCGGCAGCUCCCUGAAGACCAGACAGCCAUUCUCAACAGCGUGGACCACGAUGACACCAGUGGACACGCCACCCUGCUCUAGCCUAGCGCCGGUGCCAGGAGGUUGAACAGGAGCGGUGGAGGGAGCUGGUGUCACACCACGGGGGGAUGGAGCCUCCUUUGACGUGAAGGUAACAGCAGCAAAACCAUCCGUGACAUCUUUCCUUACCUAUCUCUGAAAGGGAAAAGCCAGAAAGACCCCCAGCCUUGGAAUCAAUGUGAGAAAUCACCAUUUGUCUGUGUGCAAACGCACUCGAGCCUCGGUGACGUGUGCUUGAUGCCGUGCGAGCGCGCAGGUGCGGGGCUGACGCGAUCUGAGGGUGUUUCCCCCUCCAGGUGUGGCGUGUGCCAGCUUUGAUGAGGGUGGGUUUGAUUAAUUCUGCCCGACUGCUCCGUGUAUCUCAGGCAAAUGUUCUUCAGCGCCGCGUGGUGAUGUGAUUUCUUACUGUGUGAUGUUUAAUCCCUGCCCAUAACCGCAAAGGGGGAGACGCAAAGGGCGUGCGAGCGAGCGGGGUUUGGCUGCCUGGUCCGCAAAGCCUCCGUCGGCAGGUGCUGAGCCCCAGGGAGAGCAUCUGGAAGUGCCCAGCUCUGCGGAUGGACGUGGACGGCUCCGUGCAAAGCUAAGCCCAGCGUUUCGCGCCAGCUUAAAAUAUGUUGCUGCUGGUUUCACCGUUUUUCCCUUUUUCCUUCCUGCUCCAGCCCGGUUGUGUCGGCUGUGACACCUGCCAGGGUUGUGUCCCUCCCUUUGCUCCCUGUUCCCCUCAGUAAUGCUGUUCUAACUCUUCACCAGAAUGUAUUUCCUCUUCAGAAUAGGGUAGGUUUGGUGGCUGGUGGUUUUCUGGAUUGCAUAGGCCUUUUUUUUGGUUUGUUUUUAGCAGGCAAGGUGUAACCCGAGAACAGCUGGGCUCACUUUUCCUGCUCUGCCUCCACUCUCUGACUGCGUGGCCUUGGGCAAGUCACUUGACCUCUCUGUGCCUCAGUUCUCCCAUCUGUAAAAUGGGGAUAAGUCAUAUUUGAGCACUUUGGACAAGCACUUGGUGGCCUACAGACUGCAAGUGCUAUGUAAAUGCUUAGUGCUAAUACCAAGCAAUCCCUACCUUUAAAAUAUUUAGAGUUGGUUCUUUUUUUUUUAUGUUUGAAGUGGUAAAAUCAACCACUGCAUCCAGGUUUGCACAGUUCUUCCUCUGCGGUAAAGUGCUAAACCCUCCAGCCUGCCUGGGAAUAAAACACCGAGUGUUUCAUGUAGAUAUUCUUGCUUUGAGUGGAUUCAGGCUGUAGAAAAAGUGUCAGGAGAGCUGGAGAGCCUGCAGGCAUGUUUUUAGCCCCAGGCUCUCUAUUUGCAUAUGAAACUUUUGUUUAUUCCCAGGUAGAAUUGCCAAGAGAUUCUCUGCAAUCUCGCCUUUAAUUCUGCUUUGCCUUGGUUUUUGCUCUUGCUGCUGGUUGAACCUCCAAGGGCUGAGCUGUUUGGAGGAAGACGUGAGCUCUCGGUUGUGAUCUGGCUCUCUGACCACGCCACGCUUUUAGGUCGGAGCCUGUUGAUUGCUCUGCCUCCAUAUACCUGGUUUUAGAGGUUGUGCUUCCUUCCCCAGCAGGAUGCUCGGGAACCUGUGGCCACCAAAAGCAGAGCACCGUGUCUUUUCCAAUCUCCAGGCCCUAAGUAAGGUUUGAACCGCUGGACAAUGAAUCCUCUAUAUCGAUAACCAGAUAUUUCUGAGCUUUAACAACUUUCUCAAACCAUCACCAGGUUUGUCUUGGGAAGGAGGGAGGGUCUGGCAGAAAUGCCCCUCUCUUUCCAGCCUGCACCAGGGCUUUUUAUUGACGUGACGAGUGACCUGACGUAAGAACCUCAACUCUCAGAGUGAGAACUCAACCUUGCUAACCAGUAUGACUGCGAAUUUCUUUUCUUUGGGUGUGUUUUUAGGGUUUUUCCCUAGAACCCGCUCGGAUCUGAAUUGAUUUAAUGCCAUUCUCCCGCUCGGCAGCGGGGAAAACUCUGCCUGGCUUGGCCAACUCCAGCUCGCCGGUCACUCCAGCCGGGCUGCUCCUGAUGGACAGGUGACCCUCGGGGCUGGGGGAGGCGUGGAGGCUCUGUGCUGCCCGUGCCAUGGCCAACUUGCUCUUCCUUUCGCUCUCAUUGCCUCAGCCUCUGGAACAGAGGGUUGCUUUUCCAUUUGAGUGCUUUCCAAACGAUUUACGACACCCGUUCGGAUGGGCCAGGCGCUGUCUUCAGGCUCUUGAGGUUUCUACCUCAGGACUAUGCCCCAUCCCAUCUUAAGGAGCUCUAGAGGACUUGGAGUGCAGGGCAGGUUGACGGAGCAUGCCGGCUUGCUGGGUCAGUCUUUUGAGAUUUGUUUUCCUUUUGCAGGUGUUUUGAGCCACUGGGCUUUUCAUGGUCUUCGACCUUUAGAGGCUGGAGCUGCAGCCCUCUCUCUUUCAGCCGUGUACCUGCCACGCUGCUGGAGUGGGAAAUCCCGCCCGGGCGCCUCGUGGAAGCAGCUCCUCCCUAAAACCAUCCUUAACUCCUUUCCCUGCUAGACCGAGUUACCUUCCGAUAGACUCGGGCCGUGCUUUGGCUGACUGGCUCGCCUCUUGCUUUGGCAACCUCCUCCUCGCUUCUCCCAGCCCUCUGGUUUCCAUGCCCUUCAGGGUUGCUCCUCUCUCCUUCCGUGGACCUGGAAACAUCGAAGCCGUGUCAGACGAUGCCAAACACUUCCCCCAUUUCACCCCCGUUUGAACUCCGUGUCGCUUUGGUGGUUUGCAAACACAGCUGCUGUCGCUGCUGCUGCUGCUUCUUCAUUAUUUUUUUUUUUUUUCCUUUCAUGCUGCAAAAUAUAUCUUGAUUUUUAUC